AUGGCUUCACCCUCCUCGUCUGCCUCUAUAAUUCUACCCGUAUUUACCAAGUUUUCAUGCCUCCCUGUUGAAAUUCGCUGUCAGAUAUGGGCGUUUGCAGCACCGAGUCGCCCCCGCGUCAUCCAGAUAGCUUACAACCCUGAGGCAGAAGAGUGGCGGUCCUAUCCUGACGCUUGUGGUGGUCUUCCCAAGAUCAUACCCGUCUGCAGAGAAGCACGGCAGGAGGCAUUGAAGCCAUACACGAGAAUGCUGGAAACAUGGGUAGAUUUGGAGGAAGAUACAAUUUUUAUCAGUGAUCCGGUCUUCACUUUGCGGAAACCCAGAAGCGUUUUCAUGGACUCGGACUACGUGGGGAGGAUCAAGCGGGUGGCUUUAACAAACGAUGUUUAUAUGGGUCUAAAGCAGGUACACGAAUUGUUCCCCAGUUUGUUGGAUGGCCCCGGGGCAGUGCUACGGAAAAUGGGGGGCCUUUCUCAUCUUAGUCUGGUGUUAAUGGAAGAUGGUGGAGACUAUUAUGACGAGAGUGACUGGGAAGAAAUCGAUUUCGACGGCCAGUUCCCUCUUACGCCAAGUGGAGAACCAAACGAGGUAAUGGACCGUCUUGAUGCUGAAGAUGACGAGGAAGACGAGGAUGAUCAAGACGACGAGGGGACUACCUGGAUCUCUGGAGAUGUCCCGGGAAGAGGAGCUUCAGAGGAUCUUGAAGAGGAAGAGGUAUGGCUGAGCUAUCAAGAGGAGGAGGCAAUGGGGCGGAUUUCCAAAGGCUACUUUCGCCACGUAGGGGAUAUUCAUUUUGAGAGCGCAAAGCACAGCCAAGAUCACUGGGACUCCUGGUAUUCGUAUUUUGAACAGGUAGAGGUCGACUUCGCUGAGCAGCAGACUGCGGCUCCCCAAUGGAGGCAGCCUAUGGUCUCAAUCGUAGAGGUCAAAUACGGCCUCAACUACAUUGGCAGGGCAUCUGCUUUAGAUUGGACGCAACCUGGGACCGAAGAGAAUGCCGCACCGGGUGAAAGCGGGGAUUCUGCUGGUGACCCUUGA